ACGCAGUCAAACCAUUAGGGCCCCACAUCUUCAGCCCCUCGGGAUUCGAUAAAUGGAAGAAAAGAAAGCCGCAUAGUGGGUCCCAAUAAUAGCCAACUCUAUUAUUCGACUCACGUCUUAAAGCCGUCCUUGUCAUCCUUUUGGGCCACGCAAUACUUGCAGAGAUCACCUUCACUCACUCGCUCUCUGUCUCUCUCUCCAGACACAACACUCACACAAUUCACACUUCACACUCACACUCUCGCACACACAGACUGCGAGUCAGCGUCCUCUGAAAACCUCACCUUUUUUUGUCUCCUUCUUCUUUGUCAGUCCGGUUGCUGAUUCUUUUUUUCCCUCCGGUUUCCCGAGAAAGUGAAAGAAAAUAAUAAGAAAUAAUAACAAUAAUAAACGCGCCAGCACUAAUGUCGAGAAACAUUGAUUGAAAACCUUCGGUUAAUUUUUUUUUUUCUUUUUUUCUUUUUCGGCGUUAAUUCUUUUCUUUGCCUAUAAUCUACGUCGGUUUGAAGGUUACGUUUCGGAUCUCUGUAGGGACCGAUCGAAGCGUUUCGUUUAGUUUCCGUCAUAUAAAUCGGCAUUAUUUUUUACUUUCUUGAUAAGAUCUUGUCUUGUAGAAGGAGUUAGUGAGAACCUUGUUUUCACCAUGCGCUGGCACCUAACAUGUGCAAUUGAAGCUUUAAAUAUAGCAAGCAAUCCGGUGUGCAUUCAUCUGAUGAUCUUUUAGAACCUACUGCAGUGCUGGUGAUAUGGGAUUCAGUUCAGAGCUGAAGAAUAGUUCUAAACAGCAGAAUGACUCAAACACAGAGAAGACUACGGUUGCUUCAACCCAUGCAAACCAAGUUCUGAAGCAUCAGGACAGGUUGAAAUUGAAAAACCAUGUCGGUCCAUCGCACAGUAAUCUGCAUUAUGAAUUCACGCGAGAUGCAGCCAAAAAAUCCUCAGGGAAUCAGCAUAGGCAGAACAGGAAGGGGAGUGCAGAUAAACAUGUUGAGCUUGUCAAACACAUGUCAAACUUGCCUGGUUAUCUCCAGCAUGAUGAUAGAGGAGAAAAUCUCCAAGAGAAGGCUUUUAAUGUUGGAGUUCUAGACUGGGCUCAGCUAGAGAAAUGGAAGACCAAGCAUAAGUAUCCCACACAAAGAGAUAGCACACUUGCAUCAUGCAGUACAAGUAAUUCAUCAUUGAAUAGGAGCACUGGGUUAUCUGCAUCCUCUAGUGCAGUUCAAAUUGAGAGACAGAGACUGAACAAGCAACAUUCUUCACAUUGUUCUAGUCUUGUGUCAUCUCGUAAGGACAAGCUUUCUUCCCAACAUUCUGCUCAACAUGCACGUUUUCAGGACUUAGAAAAUGCUUCCAAGAAUACCAUUAUUGGAGAGAAAAUUUCGCAGAGCUUCAAGUCUUUUGGCAAAGGACACUCAGGCGUAAUUCAUGAACGGGAGAAGACUAUAGAUGUAGAUCAGAAGAUCACACCCCAAAUGAGAAAUGUGUCAGAAAAAUUUAAAACUUGUGGGGCCUCACCUGGUCCAAAGGAAAGUAUAAACUCAUCUGAUGGCAAAGCUAAGAAUACCAAGGGAGGGUUGGUAGAAAAGAAUAUCAAGAGAAAAACUAGAGAACAAUUCGUUUCAAAAUCUGAAGCCCUGGCAUCAAAACAGGAAAGUGGCGAUAUCUCACUUGGAGAGGAAGAGAAGAGUACUGGAAGUUUUGAAACUAAAAAGAUUGUGGAGAAUUUGCAUGAACCAGAAACUGAUGCAGCUCAUCAACAUCACUCUGGCAGGAAGAAUGCUUUUGCUCUCAUACCCAAAAAGUUUCCCCAGAAAGGAUCUGCAGAGGUAUUGCAGAUAUCACAACAUAGUAGAAUAGUGGACAAGAAUGAUACGAAAUCAAAUAAAAAUAAAUUCUCAGAUGGCUUCUCUACUGAGGAGAACAACUCUGCAAGACUCUGUUCUGAAAUCCCACACUCGUGUCCUCUGCUCUAUGUUGAGUCCAAUGCCACAUCAGAUGCUAUGCCAAAUAGGUUGAUUAAUCAUCGGAGCAUGGAGCUUUCUUCUGUUGCAUCUCAACCAUUUCAGUUCUCAGAUAAGUCACAAGAUCUGAUAUAUGAAGGUAAAUGUACAGAAAGGAGCAAGCUGGACAUUAGGCUAAGGAGUUUAAGUUUUGUUGACACUUCAAAGACAUUAGGUCAAGAAACUUAUGAGAUGGCAGUUGGAAAGGGCAGAAAUCCAUCUCCCCUUCGUCGAUUGAGCUUCAGCUUAGGCCGGAUGGGAAGAAGUUUCAGUUUUAAAGAGGGUUCAGCUGUUCCACAGCUAAACUCUACACAUGUCAGUGUUAAGUCUGGCCCUGUGAAUUCUAGUGCUUCUGAUUGUGUGGAUUUCCCAAAUAGAGAGAAGGCAAAUGGCCAUAACAGAGCUAGGUCCAGUCCUUUAAGAAGGCUACUAGACCCAAUAUUAAAGCAUAAGGAAGCACAUCGACGCAAUCAUUCUGAAGCUGUUUUGCCACCUAAGGGAAGCUUGAUUAAUUCCUCAAGCUCUGUGCCAGUACAGCCAUCUCAGGAUAUGAAGCAUGAGGCAUCUUGGGUUCAAGCUCUUUUGCAUUUAACAAUAAAGAAUGGACUCCCUCUGUUUAAAUUUGAGGUUGACAACAACAGCAACAUUCUUGCAACAACGAUGAAAAAUCUUUCAUCAUCUGGGAAGGAUGGUUCAGGCCAAAUUUAUACUUUUUACUUUGUUAAUGAGAUUAAAAGAAAGAACAGUGGCUGGAUCAAUCAAGGAAGUAGAGGGAAGAAUAGUGACUUUGUCUAUAACAUUGUUGGUAAGAUGAAGGUUUCCAACUCUAGUUUCUCUGAUACAUGUGGCCAGGACUCUAGCCAUUGUUUGGUAAGAGAGUGUGUUUUGGUGGGAGUUGAGCUAAAACAGGCAGAUCAAGAAUCGCCAAAGCUCAAGCCAAACAGAGAGCUUGCAGCAGCUGUUGUCAAGAUCCCAAGCAAAAACACGAUCCAUGAUAACCAGCAGAGUGAUGAAAAUUUGAUGGAGAAGGGCUAUGAGAAGUGUUUGCCGGAGGAUCAAUGCUCUUACAACUUGGGAGAACAUGAACAUUCAAACAGUACCACAGUCAUACUUCCAAGUGGUGAUCAUAGCACACCGAACAAAGGUGAACCUUCACCAUUACUUGACCGAUGGAAAUCUGGAGGAUUAUGUGACUGUGGAGGUUGGGAUGUUGGUUGCAAACUUCGUGUUCUUUCCAAAAGGAAUAAAUGCUCUAAAAUAUCCAAAACAUUUAAAGCCAGCCCAACCUCAGAUUGUCUUGAGCUUUUUGUUCAGGGAGAAGCACAACAAGACAGGCCAAUUUUCAGUUUGGUGCCACUUAAGGAGGGGAUUUACAAAAUCGAAUUCAAUGCAUCAAUCACUCACUUACAAGCAUUCUUCAUUUGCAUAGUGGCUAUGAGCAGUCAGAAACCUUCAGAUCUGUCAGAUGCAACUAACAUGUCCGAAGCAAAAGCUUUUAAGGAGCCAGAUUUGGAUGGAAAUGAUAUAGUCCAUGCCAAAGUGCCUGCAAAGUAUGCAACAAAUCCACCCCUCUCUCCAGUCGGAAGAGUCUAAGUUCUUGGUCAGGUUAGUUGUGAUUAGCCAUCAUGGUCUGCAAAUGGAUAAAUUCUAUACAGGAGCAAUGGAAGAACCUUGUACCAAAGUCACUGUUCCGGCAAAGGAUGUGUAUAACACCAUUGUAAUUCUGCAAAUGGAUAAAUUCUAUACAGGAGCAAUGGAAGAACCUUGUACCAAAGUCACUGUUCCGGCAAAGGAUGUGUAUAACACCAUUGUAAUUCUGUUGGUUGUAUUACAGUACUAGAACUGCCUUUGUAAAGAAAAAAGGAAAAUAAACUCAACGAAUAUACACGACUCAGAAAUUCAAAAUUUGAAGCUGAAGCGUACUUUAGAGAAUUAA